UCUUGACAGCAUGACGUGGAUGAAUUCGGGGGCCGAUUUCAUGGGUAGACGGAGGCGGAGCAGUGAGCCGGAAUGCCAUGGCGAGAAGAUGGGAAAUACGAUAUCCUGAGGGAUUGAAGGUUAGACGAGAGGGAUUCAGGAACACAGGUGCUCCUCGCCGGGCAUAUAAACCCAGCUGAAUCUCCCGAUAUCGAGCUUUUUUCUAUCCCCAGACCAAAGCAGUUCAGUCAUUCAUUCAUUCUUCAUUCUCUCUUUCAGAGCUCUCCUAGUGAAGAGCCAGUUCUCUCAUUUAUUCUUUCGUUCAGUUGUAUAACCGUUCUCUUGAUUAUCAAACUCAACUGCAUUUGACAUCAUGUCUUUCGUCGACGCCAUCGGAGUUAUCUCCGGUAUCCUGACCAUCGUCUCUUUUGCCUCGGACAACUUCGGUUCCAGCGAAACCUCCGGAUCGACCUUCAAGGUCGCCGUUGCUUUGGACGGUCCUAAUGGACCCACCGAUGCUGGUGGUGAUCUUCCCGACGUCCGCGUCUGGAACGACGUCGGCAACUUCGUCGGCAUGGUCGCCGACCCCGGUACCGUGAGCAACGGCAACCUGGGCGAGAUCAAGGUCGACCACGAGAACCAGGGCGUGUACUCGCUGUUCUCGGCCAACAACGACGCCAUCUGCGUGGCCUGGGUGACGACCACCUGGAGCGAGGACCGCGGUGGCAACCAGUACGCCGUGUCUGGCGACUACGGCGAGGCGUGCGGUGGCACCUGGUUCGAGAGCCACAUGUACCCCAAUGCCGACGAGGAGUACCAGCCCAAGUGUUUCUGGAUCGACAAGGACGGUGACCAGCCUAAGACGGGCUUCCAGGUGCGCUGGCCCGCCUUCUCCAAGGACGAGUUCAAAGAAGACGACACCGACCCUGCUCGCCUGUGCAACGACAUCGACUUCGGCCUCCGUGACGAAGAGGACCCGAACUCCAUCAACUACCGCGUCCAGAAGAAGCGCAGCAGCAAGCUCCGUGUCCGCCAGCCCCGUCGUCGUCCUCAGUGGGCUGACUCGGAGAUCGUCAUCAGUGACGCGAAGCAGCACUCUGCUAAGCGGCUGUGCCAGUCCGACACCUCGAUGGGUCCUGACUUCGCGCACACUGGCGAGGCUCUGUUCUGCGACAUGGAGGCUAAGAUGCUGUACGCGUUCUGCACGGGCAACGACAGCGAGACCUGCUUCGACCUCGACUCGCAGACUCUGGCAACUAAGCACAACGGCACCAUUGGUGGUAACUUGAGACUUGCAACUGUUGCCGGAAUGUCGGCCAGUGCUAACUCCGCCUCGGCCAAGGGCGACGCUACCGGUUCGAAGAGCAAAUACUCGAGCACUCGUGACUGGCGUAGCACCGCCAAGAAGGUCUAGAUCCUGAUGACCUAUUCUCAUUUGAUACUUUGUUAGAGGUCCCGUGAGGACGGGACGUACCGGACAUGUACUCAUUUCGCUACUCGUGUUGAUCCCUGGUGCAUGUUCAUAUGUGAUAUUAGUAUUGGCUCUUUGUUCCAUGUUAACAUUAGUUCAACAAUCUAUUAGAUUUAUG